AUAGUCAGUUAUGUGCUGUGUUUUCUGGAUCAUAGUCAGUUAUGUGCUGUGUUUCUUGGAUCCUUAGCACCUUUGAUGGACACAUCUUUCGAGAUGUACUGUGUGAAAUUCCCAUUGGAUUCAGAAAUGUUAGGACAUCCUAGAAUCCAGGAAAUGGGGUGACAGCACAGUGGUCAUUGCCCUGCCAGUGUGUCCAGGCCCUGUAACCUUGUCUCUUGUCCAUGUAGUGCGUUCCUCAGAGUAGAUUGCCAGUGGAUAGUUGUUCAAUGUAUUGAGUAAACCUAAACUAGUCUCUGGUUUUCAUGUCAUGUCCCCUUCGAAGUACAGCCACCAUGCCCUAUCCCUUGUUAAAUGCGUGAUGUCUGCAUCUCCUGUUCUUUCUGGGAAUCUUGGGAGGAUGUUAUGUCAUGCAGUGCGGUUUGCAUGUGUGCAUCUUUACUGGUGUGCACGCAUGUGCAUGCAUGCGUGUUCCUGUGCACGUUCUGUGAGUGUGCAUGUGCGUGUGUCUGCAUGUGCUCCUCCUGCUCUGAUGCAAGGUUUUCUGGCUGCCCCCUUAGACCCAUCUUCCCUGCUUCAUGUUGUCCCUUUCUUCAUGCUUCAUCUGUAGUAAGGCUUCCUACAGUUUCGUCCUUAACCCUCAUCUCGGGGCGGCCUUCCUCCUGUGGGUUUGGCGACUACCUCCUCAGUGGAUCUUGGCCUUCCGUAUCUGGGCCAGUCAUGGCUCCAGAGUUGUGACCUCGGCACCUUCAGAGCCUGCCUGGAGGUCCCCUCCGUUCUCCUCGCCAGGCUCCUGCCUGCAUGCUGGAAUUUGGGUGUCCUUCCUUGUCUUUAGUUCCCUCUUUUCUCUGCUCUCCACCUCCACUGGGUCAACAAGUGCGGUCAGUUCUGUGACACUGUUCUUGGCCCAUUGCCUGGGCCUCUUUUACACCUUUGUCCUCUGGCCUGGAGGACUGUCCCCGUGCCUCGGGUGCAGUUGCUUCUGCCUGGCACAGCUGUGGGUCUCCUCUCUCAAGCAGAAACCUACUUGUGGCAUGAGAGUCGCUUCACCUUCAGUGGCUCCUUAUUGUCCCUAGGGCGGAACAGGCUGCAGAUGGCACCCAGGCCUCUCUGUGCCUCGGCUCCAGCUGUCUCUUGUGGCUCCCCACCCCAAAUCCUGGCAGGUCCCUUCCCCACAGCCACCCACCCCUCUCCUCCAUCGGGAACAGAACUAUGCUGCCACCUCUGGUGACCUCAGCACGCUGCAUCACUGUCCCCGUCCACGUGCUACCCUGUGGGCCCAGGAGAGCCCUGGGGUCCCUGAGUAGCAGAGCGCCUGGCCAUGCCUCUGAGGCCCCUAGUGCCGCAGAGUUGAGCUGAGGGUCUCGCGCUCGCCCUCUGACUGACCCAGCCCUUUCAGGUGAGUGGAUUGCUGUGCUCUAGUGGCCUGAGGGAGGCCACGUGCCUUCUGUGUGUUCCAGAAAGGGUGCCUCCCACCGCAUGCUUGCUUAUCUGAGUUAGAAGAAUGCUGUGGUGGGGUUUAGUGUAAAUUUUUAAAAUACUUUUUGAGCCUUAUGAUUAUAUAGUUUUUGUGUUUCUGAAGUAGGAAUUAAAGUGGGCAGUUAACAAAAUAUUUAAUUUUGGACUUAAGUUAUAAUUCAGGUUCUGAAGAAAAAAAGUAAGGUUAAUUUGUUCUGAUGCCUGAAAGGUCCUCUUAGGGAAUAUUAUUUGAAGCCCUUUACUGUGCUGUUAAUAGUGCUUGACUUUUAACUUGGUACCAGGGAAGUGGAAGGUUUCUGUCAUUUUGUGAUGAUAUUUUUAAAUUUCUUUGCAGGUAGAAGAAGAAAGGUGCCACUCCGGCAUGAAGACAGACUCGCUUAGUCGCCAAUCACUUAAGCUGAGUGCAUUGUGAUUUCCAAUAAUUGAGGCAGUGGUUCUAAAAGCUGUCUACAUUAAUGAAAAGAGCAAUGUGGCCAGCUUGACUAAGCCGCCAGCGCACAGCGCGGCAGGAUGCGCCUGGGUCUCAGCGGACUUUUGCAUGUUAGCUGUGUAGAUUUAUGUGAGGGCUUGUAAAACUCUGGUCUUGUAAACUAGUCUUAAGCGCUUUUAAUAUGGAGACAGAUGAGAGCCCCUCUCCGCUCCCGUGUGGGCCCGCAGGAGAAGCGGUGAUGGAGAGCCGAGCUCGCCCCUUCCAAGCGCUGCCCCGUGAGCAGUCUCCACCACCUCCCCUGCAAACGUCCAGUGGUGCAGAGGUAAUGGACGUUGGCUCUGGUGGUGAUGGACAGUCCGAACUCCCUGCCGAGGACCCCUUCAACUUCUACGGAGCUUCUCUUCUCUCCAAAGGAUCCUUCUCUAAGGGCCGCCUCCUCAUAGACCCGAACUGUAGUGGCCACAGCCCGCGCACCGCCCGGCACGCACCCGCGGUCCGGAAGUUCUCCCCUGACCUUAAGUUGCUUAAGGAUGUAAAGAUUAGCGUGAGCUUUACCGAGAGCUGCAGGAGUAAGGACAGGAAGGUGCUGUACACAGGAGCAGAGCGCGACGUGCGGGCGGAGUGCGGUCUGCUCCUUAGCCCUGUCAUUGGGGACGUGCAUGCUUGUCCCUUUGGCGGGAGUGUUGGUGACGGGGUAGGCAUAGGGGGUGAGAGUGCUGAUAAGAAGGAUGAGGAGAAUGAGCUGGAUCAGGAAAAGAGAGUGGAGUAUGCAGUGCUCGAUGAGUUAGAAGAUUUUACUGACAAUUUGGAGCUAGAUGAAGAAGGAGCAGGCGGGUUCACGGCUAAAGCAAUCGUUCAGAGAGACAGAGUGGAUGAAGAGGCCUUGAAUUUCCCCUACGAGGAUGACUUUGACAACGAUGUGGAUGCUCUGCUGGAAGAAGGCCUUUGUGCCCCCAAAAAGAGGCGAACAGAGGAAAAAUAUGGCGGAGACAGCGACCAUCCGUCCGAUGGAGAGACGAGUGUGCAGCCGAUGAUGACCAAGAUUAAAACAGUGCUCAAAAGUCGUGGCCGCCCACCUACAGAACCGCUGCCCGACGGGUGGAUCAUGACAUUCCAUAACUCUGGAGUCCCAGUGUACCUACACAGAGAGUCUCGGGUGGUCACCUGGUCCAGGCCAUACUUCUUGGGAACGGGAAGCAUACGGAAACACGACCCUCCUCUGAGUAGCAUCCCUUGCCUGCAUUAUAAGAAAAUGAAGGACAACGAGGAACGGGAGCAAAGCAGUGACCUCACCCCUAGUGGGGAUGUGUCCCCUGUCAAGCCUCUGAGCCGAUCUGCAGAGCUGGAGUUUCCCCUGGAUGAGCCUGACUCUAUGGGUGCUGACCCGGGGCCCCCAGAUGAGAAAGACCCACUAGGGGCUGAGGCAGCCCCUGGGGCCCUGGGGCAGGUGAAGGCCAAAGUCGAGGUGUGCAAAGACGAAUCCGUUGAUCUCGAGGAAUUUCGAAGCUACCUGGAGAAGCGUUUUGAUUUUGAGCAAGUUACUGUGAAGAAAUUCAGGACUUGGGCUGAGCGGCGGCAAUUCAAUCGGGAAAUGAAGCGGAAGCAGGCGGAGUCCGAGAGGCCCAUUUUGCCGGCCAAUCAGAAGCUCAUUACUUUAUCAGUGCAAGAUGCACCCACAAAGAAAGAGUUUGUCAUUAACCCCAAUGGGAAAUCCGAGGUCUGCAUCCUGCACGAGUACAUGCAGCGUGUCCUCAAGGUCCGCCCUGUCUAUAAUUUCUUUGAAUGUGAGAACCCAAGUGAGCCUUUUGGUGCCUCGGUGACCAUUGAUGGUGUGACGUACGGAUCUGGAACUGCAAGCAGCAAAAAACUUGCGAAGAAUAAAGCUGCCCGAGCUACACUGGAAAUCCUCAUCCCUGACUUUGUUAAACAGACCUCGGAAGAGAAGCCCAAAGACAGUGAAGAACUCGAGUAUUUUAACCACAUCAGCAUCGAGGACUCGCGGGUCUACGAGCUGACCAGCAAGGCUGGGCUGUUGUCUCCAUAUCAGAUCCUCCACGAGUGCCUUAAAAGAAACCAUGGGAUGGGUGACACGUCUAUCAAGUUUGAAGUGGUUCCUGGGAAAAACCAGAAGAGUGAAUACGUCAUGGCGUGUGGCAAGCACACAGUGCGCGGGUGGUGUAAGAAUAAGAGAGUUGGAAAGCAGUUAGCCUCACAGAAGAUCCUUCAGCUGCUGCACCCACAUGUCAAGAACUGGGGUUCUUUACUGCGCAUGUACGGCCGUGAGAGCAGCAAGAUGGUCAAGCAGGAGACGUCGGACAAGAGUGUGAUUGAGCUGCAGCAGUAUGCCAAGAAGAACAAGCCCAACCUGCACAUCCUCAGCAAGCUCCAGGAGGAGAUGAAGAGGCUGGCUGAGGAGAGGGAGGAGACUCGAAAGAAGCCCAAGAUGUCCAUUGUGGCGUCCGCCCAGCCUGGCGGUGAGCCCCUGUGCACCGUGGACGUGUGAGGGAGGUGGCACAGGCCAGGGCGCGGGGGCCGCCAGCAGCAUUUCUGAGGAGACCGGCAGUCAUGCAUCGUGCACCACAGUGUCAGGCCUCCAACCCAAGCUCCUUCCCUGUGGCCAACCUGUGGGCCUGGCCUGAGGGUGGAGGCUCUGGUGUACAGGGACAGUCACGGCCACACAGCACACAUGUGGAGCAGCGGCUCCCCCUGGAAGGCUCCAGGCCUGAAUGGAUGGACUCAGCGACUGCACCAGUGGCAGCUGGUGACUGUGAACAGUGGUGGACCUUGCUUCUGUGCAUCUGCUGCAGGCUCUUUUUAUGAAGGCUUUCAUGAAUUUUAGUAUGUAAUAUGCACUGAUGACACAUGAUACUUGGAUGACAGAUGAGAGGGGAUGGCUGAGUCCUGUGGCUGGCCCGUGAUGCCAGGUGGCCCAUGUGCCCAGGAUGCCUGCAGGGCUGCUGCAGGGACCUGGUUAGGAGGUGCACAUGGUGCCCUGCCCUCACCUGCCUUCUGUGUUUCCCCUUCUUUGAAAAGGUAGAACAGAAAAGAGUAUUUUAAACCUUUUUGGCUUAAAAUAAGCAGAAUUUUAGUAUCAGAACUACCUUUCUGGGAUUGGAGGCAAACCAUCAAGGUGGUCCCUCUUCAGUCUGGACAUGAUGCCAGCGAGGAUGAUGUCCCGCCACCUCCUGGAGUUGCCCUGGCUUCCUAAGGCCCCUUUUUCUGAUGAAGUCUUAACACCCUAAGAGCGCCUCUCUGGACACUGAGGCCCUCCCUGCCUUUCCUGGCCUCCGGCAACAGUUUUUUACAAAGAUUUUUUGCAGUCGAGUCCAUAUGUCCACCCAUUGAUUUUUAAAGCUUUUGUGGUAUCUUAGCAUUUUGAAAGAGACUUUUACAGUGAGAGUAGAAGGUAGAUUUGGAAUCAUGCAUUUUAGCAAGUGGACCUGUUUAAACAGGAAGCAAGGGCCUUCAGUGUAGCCCAUUCUUCAUCCAGAGAUGUUGACUGACAGCGGCUUCUCUGGAUGUCAAAGGCAGCUGCCCAGUGCCCAGCUUGCUUCUCGACUGGUGGCCCCUGUGUGUGGGUGUGGGAUGGAAAUGUGUUCCUGCCUGAGUCUGAGGCACCAGGGUGUCCUCAAAGGCACCUAUGCAGGGUGCCGUGUGCUUGUGGUGCACCAUCUGAAGCAAGAGUCCAGCAUUCUGCCGUGUCUGUCCUCCACCACACCCCCCACAGGUGGUACUGAUGGCGGUUUUUUUUUUUUUUUUUUUUUUCUUUUUUUUGUCAGGAGAACAAUGUUGGCCCAUGGGCCGCCCACAGCAUAUCCCUCCCUCACCACCUGUGUGACCAAGGUUGGCUUCUGUUGACCUUUAAAAAGGAAACCCUCAAGUUGCUGUAAUUAGAUACUUGCUUCUGUCUUGCCUCCUGUCUGCAGCUGUGAAUAGUCAUGUGACUGUGACUGUUGCCCUUAGCCAGCCAGAUGCGCCUGUGAACCAAAGCUUCGUGCACAUGUGUUCCCCUAAAGGCUGGGGAGCCUCGCUGUGUCUUGCUGUUCCCAGGCACCACCACCACAGCAGGUGCUGCCAUACUCUUGUGGUCUCCGUGCCCCCACACCCCCACCCCCACCCUUAUGCCAAGUGUGGGUGUGAAUCGUGCACACAGCCAUGCUUCAAGGCUAGGGCAGGGGAGCCUAUGCUGAUGCCAUCCAGGGCACUGGGCUGUGCCUGGAAGGCGAGCCUCAAUUGUCUGAACGCAUAAAGCAAACUGUCCAGAA